AUGAGGCUUGGCGCUGUUGUAUCAGCUAGGCCAUCAUGCAACGCUUUAGCUUCUGCUUCAAAACACUUUAACCUCACUCCCUCCAACACCACUCACUCAUAUUCCCAAGUAUCAUUACCUUCUCUUAAGCACAAACUAAAAGAGCAUUGCAGUACUUUCAUUACUAACUCAUCAACCAAGCUUGGGAAGAAAUGGAUGGAGUAUCAAGGGGUCAAUAAUUGGGAGGGAUUGCUUGACCCUCUUGAUGAUAAUUUGAGAAGUGAGAUUAUACGAUAUGGGUUAUUCGUUGAAGCUGCAUAUCGUUCUUUUGACUUUGAUCCUUCUUCACCAACUUAUGCCGCCUCCAAAUUCCCAAGAAACUCACUCUUGGCUCGGUCUGGAAUUGGAGAGACCGGUUAUCGAACGACAAAGCAUUUGCGCGCAACUUCUGGGGUCCAGUUGCCACGUUGGAUCGACAAGGCUCCGAGUUGGGUGUCCACUCAGUCCAGCUGGAUUGGUUACGUGGCAGUCUGUCAAGAUAAAGAGGAGAUUGCUCGGUUAGGCCGCCGCGACGUGGUGAUUGCCUACAGAGGGACUGCUACUUGCUUGGAGUGGGUUGAAAAUCUACGCGCCUCCUUAACCUGCUUACCUGGCAAAAAUUGUAAUCAUGUGGGUCCUAGUUGUAAUGGGCCCAUGGUGGAGAGUGGAUUUUUGAGCCUGUAUACUUCUCAGACUGCCACGUGUCCAAGCUUGCAAGACAUGGUGAGGGAGGAAAUUGCCAGAGUCUUUGAAAUGUACGGUGACGAGCCACUCAGUUUCACCAUCACCGGUCACAGCCUGGGUGCCGCUCUCGCUACUUUAACUGCAUAUGAUAUAAACUCUACCUUUGAAAAUGCACCGAUGGUGACGGUGAUUUCCUUUGGUGGACCGCGUGUAGGGAAUAGAAGUUUUAGGUGCCAGCUGGAGAAAAGUGGGACUCGGAUACUACGCAUAGUAAACUCUGAUGAUCUCAUCACAAAAGUGCCUGGAUUUGUCAUUGACAACAAUGACACGGCGAGCAAAAAGGCUGUCCACGUGGCAGGAUUUCCAUGCUGGUUCCGGAAGCUCGUGGAGGACACGCAGUGGGUAUACGCUGAUUUGGGACGAGAGCUGAGAUUGAGCAGUAAGAAAUCACCCUACCUCGGCAGAAGGGAUGCUGUUACGUGUCAUGAGCUAAGCACUUAUUUACAUUUGGUUAGUGGGUUUGUGAGCUCCACGUGUCCUUUUAGAGCAACGGCAAAGAAGUUUCUAAAUAAGCAUCACGUCGAGAAGCUUGGAUGUAGGUGA